AUGACAUUAGAAGUACCAGGGAAUGAAAACGGAGAUACAUCCCAAGCCGAAGUGGACAGUAUACAAACAUGGUCUGAAAAUAAUCGAAUGUCCUUAAAUAUGGAAAAGACGUAUGAAAUGAUUGUUAGGAGAAAUAUCCCUACGCUGUUGCCUGAUCCUUUUCCAUUUAUUAAACGAAGGACGUGGUUAAAGAUUUUAGGAAUUACAUUACAUGAUCUCCCUUCCAAGUGGGAUUUGCAUUUUGAUGAAAUGUUGAAAAAAGCCAGUGCAAGAAUGUACAUAAUGCGUGUCUGUAAAUACUAUGGCUUCCCAAUCAAACAACUGGACAUGCUGUUUAACACUUUAAUUAUGCCUAUAAUCACUUACGGCAUAGAACUUUGGGGAGGCGCAUACUUCAAUAAAUACAUUAGUCAAAUAGACAAAUUCAUCAAUCGCGCUCACAGAAAUGGUUACAUAUCGGAAAAAUUGAAUAUUAAGGAGAUAAGCAUCAAAAGGGACAAGAAACUUUGGGAUAAAGUAAUACAUAAUAAAGAUAAUGCACUACAGGAGCUUUUACCAGGUAAAUUAAAUAGACACCUUAGGCCAAGGGGACACGAGUUUGAACUUCCAUUAGUGAGAACAGAGCGAUUUAAAAGUUCUUUUGCAAAUCGAUGUUUGUUUAACUUUGUUUAA